UGCUGUCCCCACCACUUCCACGACUAAAUCUGCAGUCCCUACCACUUCCACGACUAUGUCUGCUGUUCCCACCACUUCCACGAGUACUGCUCCAGUUCCCAUCAUCUCAACAACUACUUCUGCAGUCCCCAGCACUUCCACGACUACUUCUCCAGUUUCCAUCAUCUCCACAACUACGUCUGCAGUCCCUACCUCUUCCACGACUACGUCAGCUGUUUCCACCACUUCCACGACUACUUCUCCAGUUCCCAUCAUCUCCAUGAGUACAUCUACAGUCCCCACCAGUUCCACAACUACGUCUGCUGUCUCCACCACCUCGACGACUAAAUCUGCAGUCCCCAACACUUCAAUGACUACUUCUCCAAUUCCCAUCAUCUCCACAACUACGUCUGCUGUCCCCACCACUUCCACAACUACUUCUCCGGUUCCCAUCAUCUCCAUGAGUACAUCUACAGUCCCCACCACUUCCACAACUACGUCUGCGGUCCCCAACACUUCCACGACUACUUCCCCCAUUCUGAUCAUCUCGACAACUACUUCUGCAGUCCCUACAACUUCCACGACUACGUCUGCUGUUCCCACCACCUCCACGACUAUUGCUCCAGUUACCAUCAUCUCAACGACUGCUUCUGCAGUCCCUAGCACUUCCAAGACUACUUCUCCAAUUCCCAUCAUCUCCACAACUACGUCUGCUGUCCCCACCACUUCCUCGACUACUUCUCCAGUUCCCAUCAUCUCCACAACUACGUCUGCUGUCCCCACCACAUCCACAACUACGUCUGCGGUCCCCAACACUUCCACGAGUACAUCUACAGAACCCACCAAUUCCACAACUACUUCAACAGUCCCCACCAUUUUCACAACUACGUCUGCUGUCCCCACCACUUCCACGACUAAAUCUGCAGUCCCUACCACUUCUACGACUACGUCUGCUGUUCCCACCACUUCCACGACUACUUCUCCAGUUCCCAUCAUCUCAGCGACUACUUCUGCAGUCCCCACCACUUCCACGACUACUUCUGCAGUUCCCAUCAUCUCUACGACUCCUUCUGAAGUCCCGUCCACUUCCACAAUUACUUCUGCAGUCCCCACCACUUCCACGAGUACAUCUACAGAACCCACCACUUCCACAACUACUUCAACAGUCCCCACCACUUUCACAACUACGUCUGCUGUCCCCACCACUUCCACGACUAAAUCUGCAGUCCCUACCACUUCCACGACUAUGUCUGCUGUUUCCACCACUUCCACGAGUACUGCUCCAGUUCCAUCAUCUCAACGAGUACUUCUGCAUCCCUACCACUUCCACGACUACAUCUGCAGUCCCCACUACUUCCACAACUACUUCUCCCGUUUCGAUCAUCUCCACAACCACGUCUGCAGUCCCCACCACUUCCACGAGUACAUCUACAUUCUCCACCACUUCUUCGACUACGUCUGCAUUCCCCCCACUUCCACGACUACUUCUGCGGUCCCCACCACCUCCACGACUACGUCUGCAUUCCCUACCACUUCCACGACUACUUCUGCUGUCCCCACGACUUCCACUACUACUUCUGCAGUCCCCACGACUUCCACAACCACAUCUGCAGUUCCCUCCCCCUCCACGACCACGUCUGCAGUCACCAGUCCUACCAGCUUUAAAACCACUGCAGAGCUUUGCUACAACGGAGGUUUCCAUGACGGAAUUAAGUGCAUUUGUCGUGACAACUUAUUCUAUGGGCCCAAGUGUGAAUUCCCUGUACCAGACGUCACUGUGCCAGAGGUAAAGGUCCCAGUGACAGUUGAAGCCCAAGUGAGGAUCUCCAACAGGGUCUACACAGAGGAGCUCGAGGAUACCAGCUCAGCAGGUUACAAAGCCCUCGAGAAGAACUUUAAGGAAGAGAUGGACAUCAUUUAUAAGGACGUCCCUGGCUAUCGUGAGACGGUGAUCCUGAGCCUGCGGCCCGGCAGCAUCGUUGUGGACCACCAAGUCAUCGUUGACACCAGUAUGAGCAAUAACCUGAACCUCAUCGAAGUGACUGUCCACAAUGUGACGGAGGCCGUGCGAGAGCAGCUGCAGAUCGCAAACGCCACCGAGAAGAACUGCACACAGCAGCUUUGCUUCACUGCUCCGCCAAACCCAGUCCUCAACUCAAGCUCCACCUUUUCGGCAGAAGAGUAUUGCAAAACUAUGGUUGACCCUCAAUGGGCAGACUUCUAUUACCCCCAAGUGGUGGGGGGUGCCUUGAGCUGCAUCACCGACUGCAGCAAGGACAGUCCGGCCUCCAUCCACUGCAAUCAUGGAGUUUGCCACAUCACAGGAGGAGGCCCCCAGUGCAACUGCAAUGAUUUGGACACCUUUUGGUACCUGGACCAUCGCUGCCAGUCACGCGUCCAGAAGUCAGAGGUGGGCCUGGGGCUGGGGCUGGCCGCCUUAGCAGCCAUCAGCAUCCUCCUGGCCGUCUUCCUCUUCAGGGCGAAGCGGAAGAAGUCCCAAUCUAAUUGGGCUGAUGACGCCGAGGCCUGGUACGAGGAGGGGGACGAAUGGAUGCCCUCUGGAGCUCUGAGCUUCCGGAACGAAGACACGGACUUGUGGGGCGGACGUCAGAGCAGCAGCGAGGUUUUCAGGCCAUCGCUGGGUGCAGUGGACUCCUCCAUCAAGGUGCAGUUCCAGAAGCCGAGGGUAGCGAGCAACUAAGGGCCCUGCCAUGGGACCCACUCUGGAAAUUUCCCUUUAGCGGCAAAAGUCCCACACACGCUAUGGGCAGAAGGAAAUAGGGCGAAGGGGCACGGAUGGCGCCGCCCUCUCCAAACCUUGCUAGAUUCCUUUGGGACCUGUUUCCUGAAGGAACUUCACCUGUCCUGUAAAAAGCAAAAUGGACCAACAAUGUAUUAGAAAUAGUUCACUAGAAAGCUAAAAAUGAAAAAUGAGGAAUAAGAUGCCUAAAAUUACUGAUAUCAAAGAACCUGAAAAAACCCUUUUUAAAAAAGUAUCGCCGUACCUUGCACCUUGGAAAUCCACGUGACCUCAGAGCUCUUUGGAAUUGGGUCUUGCCUGUGGAGCCUGCUGAGGAAUUCAGCACUGGGAUGUUGGAGGAGGACCCGGAAAAGUCCUGAAUGAGACGCAGUUCUAGUCCUUUGGAAAGAAAAGGGCCGCAAGACUUCUGGUUCCUGGGCCGUGCCUAGGAUGGCCCGACUCCCUCCUUCUUGCUUUGUAAGGUUUCUGCCAUUGUGUAGUUAUUUAUUGUGUAUUGUUUAAAUAUGUAUUUUAGUAAUUUAUUAGAGAAAAAUAAAGGAUACUGUAAU